AUGGCGGCGGCCCGGCGCGGAGCCGCGUUCCUCCUCMGGGCGGGCGGCGGCGGCUGCUGCCCCCGGGCGGCCCCGCGCUGGGCCCCGCCGUCCCCGGCUCCCCACAGAGGUUUUGCUGCCACAGCUCUUAGAAGAUCCUAUGACGUGAGGAGAGUUGAAAUCACUCCCCUGGAGCAGAGGAAGGUCACGUUCGACACCCAUGCCUUAGUGCAGGACCUGGAGGCCCAUGGCUUUGGGAAAGGACAAGCGGAGACCAUUGUGUCAGCACUAAUAACUCUCUCAAACGUCAGCUUAGACACCGUCUACAAGGAUAUGGUGACCCAGGCUCAGCAGGAAAUAACUGUACAGCAGAUAAUGGCACAUUUGGACUCUAUUCGGAAAGACAUGGUCAUCCUGGAGAAAAGUGAAUUUGCCAACCUGAGAGCGGAGAAUGAGAAAAUGAAAAUUGAAUUAGAUCAAGUUAAACAACAACUAAUGAAUGAAACAGGUAAAAUCCGAGCUGACAGCAAGCUGGAUAUAAACCUGGAAAGAAGCCGAGUGACGGAUAUGUUUACAGAUCAAGAGAAGAAGCUCAUGGAAGCAACUACAGAGUUUCAUAAGAAAGAUUCAAGUACCAACAGUGUUAUCUCAGAAAUCAGUAACAAAAUUGACACUGAAAUAGCUUCCUUAAAGACACUUAUGGAAUCUAAUAAACUGGAUACAAUMCGUUACUUGGCAGCUUCGGUAUUCACUUGCCUAGCAAUAGCACUGGGAUUCUACAGGUUCUGGAAGUAGAUCUAAAUGGAAUGACUGCAUCAAWCGUAGAUGGAGAAAAGGCCACCAUGCAGCAUCUGCUGGACUGCCAUGGUUGAGCUGUAGGUCAUCUUGGUACCCAUCAAACAGGGUUUGAUGUUCUUGCUGUGCACUGAGGAUGUUUCCUGAAUGGGUAACACUAAAGAUCAAAAUAACUGGGGACAGGGGCAAGGAGAGCAGGUAAAUGCAUGGUAGUAAUUCUUUGUUCCUUAUUCAGUCAUUUAUUUCAAAAGGCUUUCUGCUUAAAUCAGAAAGUGUUUCCAAAUAAGUUUCAGAAUGAAGUUUGUUCUGUCUUGGAGAACAUUCUUUAUGCUCUCAGAUAUCCUCAGAAUGGAAAUACUCAACAGUUGAUAUCCCAUGAAAAUAUGGAAUUAGUAAUGCCAAAUUCCAACAGRUUGACUGUGAUCCAAACUGAGUAUUCUAGUCUUACAUAAAUCUAAAAUCUGGAAAUUUCCUCAAUCCAUUACUCUUUUCUGAUAAAGUAUGGCUUCUUGGUAAUAUUUAUAAACACGUUCCCAGGCUUUUCCUGAGAAGCCUCUUUUUCUUGAAUAGUGUUUUACACAGAUUUAAACUCUCAUUUAAAACUAAGAUGUCUCCAUACAUUUUUUUAAUACCUUUGACCCACACCUACAGAGGCCAACAGAUACUGUCUGCUGCCCUUCCUAAAGGGGCUAGUCUUAGCUUCGAGCCUUGGGCAGAUAAAUGUUCCUAACAGUCUCCUGUAGAAGUAAAGGGGCCACAGCAGCUUCUGAGCUACCGCGUGGUGAUGAUCCCUCUGCCUCCUGCAAGACUCUGAUGGCCCAGGCAGAACCUGACGGGUGGCACCUUCCACCCUGAAGCAGUCACGCUUUGCCAAGUGCCCAGCCUUAGUUCGUGUCUCGUGGUAAAUUAAAGGUCUCCCUGGAUUCAAUUUUACUUUAGGAAUAGACUCAGUGGGCUACAGAGCAUAAAAUUUGGGAUUAUG